CAAUACCCCAUUUUGGUACAUCAAAUUCAAACCCUAAUUUACAACAUACAUUUUCAAGAAAAUGGGGAAAAUUGCUUCUGAUCUUCUGUCAUCGACGUGGGAAGAAGGAGAAGCGAGUGACCAGCACUCGACACAAACAUGUGUCGAGAAAAAAGUAAGGUUAUUUGGGUUUGAGUUGCAUCCGGGUACCCUCAAAACCAACCAUUUGAGGUCAGUGGAAGGGGACGAAAGCGUAAAUUCAUCAUCAACAACAACAACGAUGGAAAAGAAUCUUCAAAUAGAGAUAAAAAAGUUUGAGUGUCAGUAUUGUUUCAAGGAGUUUGUAAACUCGCAAGCCUUGGGAGGUCAUCAGAAUGCGCACAAGAAAGAAAGAUUGAAGAAGAAACGGUUGCAGUUACAAGCAAGAAGGGCACGGAUCAACUACUACCUCCAACCCUAUACCCAUAAUAAACACGGGACUAAUGUUGAUUUUCAUGGUUAUUAUGGUCCAGAGUUCGAGUCUAGUAUUAGUUUUAGUCAAUACGACGAUGAUUUGUUGUCGUUUAGAGAUCCAUGUAAUUUCACUCUUACGCAUGUAGAUAGAUCAAGACAGAACUAUAGGCCUGUUGCCAUGAAACCUUCACCUCGACCCAUCGAUUUGAAGCAAAACUAUGCACGUUUGGAUCUUCAGCUGAGUUUGAGCUCCAACUCCAUCAUGUAAAACCAGAAACCCAUGUUUGCAUCUCGAGAAACUAACAGAUUUCUUGAGAAAAUCACGUGAUUUUUCUCAUGAUCAUAUGUAAGUAAAUUAGUAUGGUCUUGAAACUAAUAUAUAUUCAAACAUUUGUUUUGUAUCAUCUUUUGAGGAUGAUGAAGAAUUGGAGUAGAUUUUAUUUA